AUGGAUAAAAAAUGUAAUGCUAAUUUAGGUUCGAAAGCUCCUUUAUAUAUGCUUUUCUUUUACCUCACGAUGACCUUCCUGAUGCUUCUCAAUGCUUCUGAUUUAUCUAAUACCAACAGCUUGAUUUGUUUGCCUUUUUGAACGGUUUGAUUACUCGUAGUCUUCUUUUACUCCCGUGCUUCUUUAAAAAACCCAGGCUAUAUUAUUCCUGAUCUCUCUUGAAUGAAUGAUUUUAAAAUGAAGCCUAAUGAGCAGACAGAUCAAUCCUCAAAAGAUUCAUCUCGCGUAAAGAAAGAUUCAGAACCAAAAUCAGUAGAAUCUCCUAAAUUUUUAUGCUGGUUUUAGCAUUUUCUCUAGGACUCUAUAUAAUAAACUCUAUUUUUAUAUGAAAAUUUAGUAUUUUUUCUUGUAAAAAGGGUUUGGGGUUGCAAAAUAACACAAAAAAUAAUGAUUUUACUAUAAAAUUCCAAGACGAAAGAAGCUCAAUGCUCCACGACAAUUGUAUUUCUACAGUCCAGCCAAACUCUGAGCCAAUAAGAAGUCAACCAAUCCAAUCUUUUACAGAAAUUUUGCCUAACAACGAAGAUUCCUAUACAACUUACAGCGGAAAUGGGAGUUUUGAAAACCAAGAAAUUGUUGAAGACCAAGAAAACGAAAUAAUCAGCCAAGAGUCAGCUGUAAUUGAGACGAGAUAUUGCAUGAUAUGCAAACUUGACCAGCCAAUCAGAGCUAAACACUGCAAAGAGUGCGGAAAAUGUGUAGCUUUGCAUGACCAUCAUUGUCCAUGGCUAGGUGUUUGUGUAGGGGAAAAAAACAGACGAGAAUUUUAUUGGUAUUUAGUGUUUCAAUGCACUGAGCUGUGAAUUUCUGAUAUAGUAAAUAUUCUGAGCUUUCAAAGCGAGGAUGAUGUAGUUGCAUGAAUUUUGGAAAAUUGCACAAGGAUAAUUUCUGUUGUGCUUUUGGCGUUUUUUACAUUGAUGGUCAGCAGCCUUUUGGGGUUUCAUACUUAUAUAGCUUUAAAUAAUGUGACGACGUGGGAGAUUAUGUCAUGAGGAAAAAUUUCGUAUUUGAAAAAUUUUCCAUCGGAAAUGGGAAGCCCAUUUAGUAAAGGAUAUUUGAAAAAUCUGUAUAUUUACUGCUGCGAAAAAUUGCCUAAGGGGCAUAAGAUAUGGACUGUGACUCAGGCGAGCGUUGUGAAUCAAGUUAAAGUAUAA